AUGCAUGCUGAUAUGGAGGAAGCCGCUGUUAAUGUUGAUGACACAAUCCAUGAAGAACCAAUGCAUGAAUGGGAUAGGGAUAAUCCAGAAAUGAGUGUUGGCACAUUGUAUCCCAACAUGAAGGAGUUCAGGCUAGCUGUUAGGCAGCAUGCAAUAGUUCAUGAGUUUCAGUAUGAUACUGAGCAUUCAGACAAAGACAGGUUCAGGGCUAAAUGUUCUGCUGUUGGCUGCCCAUGGAUUAUUAGGGCUAGAACCCAACAUGAUGGCAGUGUCAGGAUUCAAAUUAAUCAAGGGGACCAUAAUUGUGCAUCUACCCAAAGGGUUGUAAGCAAGAUGGCCAAUAUAAGUUGGGUGGCAGAGAGAGCAAUCCCACUUCUCAAGAGGGACCCACAGAUGGGGGCAAAAGAACUCCAAGAAGAGCUUAAUUACAAGUACCAGAUUGAGAUACCAUAUCAGACAGUGUACAAUGGUAGGCAGAGGGCAGCUGAUAAGCUUUUUGGUAAGUGGGAUGAUUCAUUUGAUUGGUUGUAUAGGUUUAAGGCUGAGAUAGAGUUGAGAUCACCUGGGAGUGUUAUAGAGAUAGCUACUAUCACUGACCCCAAUGAUGGAAAGAUUAGGUUUAGCAGAUUUUUCUGUGCAUUCAAAGCAAGUAUAGAUGGCUUUCUGAAUGGUUGCAGGCCUUACCUUAGUAUAGAUUCCACUGCACUCAAUGGGAUGUGGAAUGGUCACAUGCCAGCAGCCUUAGGUUUAGAUGGCCACAAUUGGAUGUUUCCUGUGGCAUUUGGAUUGUUUGAUUCAGAGGACAAGGAAAAUUGGAUUUGGUUUAUGGAACAACUUAGAAAGGCUAUUGGUCCCAUGGAUAAGCUAGCCAUCUGCACUGAUGCAUGUAAAGGGUUGGAAUCAUCUGUGAAGGCAGUGUUUCCACAUGCAGAGAUGAGAGAAUGCUUCAGGCACUUGAUGGAUAACAUGAAAAAAUACUACACUGGUGAUGUGUAUGAUAACAUGUGGCCUGCAGCUAGAGCCUAUUCAGCUCACAAAUUCAAGUACUUCUUUGAUAAAGUCUUGGAAGCUAGUCCAGAUGUGCAGAAAUGGCUGACACUGCACCAUCCAUUUCUUUGGGCUAGAAGUAAAUUCUCAGAUGACAUCAAGUGUGACUAUAUCAACAACAAUUUAGCAGAAGCAUGGAAUUCUUGGAUUAAAGAGCACAAAGAUCUUCCUGUGCAUUGCAUGGCAGAUGCAAUAAGAGAGAAGAUAAUGAUCUUGUUUGCCAAAAGAAGGAAGAUUUCUAGAGCUUUGCCACCUGGUAUACUACCUGGGAUUAUCCAUCAACUAAAUGCAGCAUCUAGAGGAUUAGGUCACCUAAAGAUUUCCAAGGGCCACCCAGACCAGGCUGAGGUUACAGAAGUCUACAAGGAUGAAGAAGUUAGAAGGCAUGUGGUGUACCUAUCUCAAAAAAUAUGCACAUGUAGGCAGUGGCAGAUAACUGGACAACCAUGUCCACAUGCCUUGGCUGUGAUCACUAGCACUAGGCAACCAAACAUGGGGAAGUUUGUUGACCACUACUACUCAGUGCAAAAGUUUCAAGCAGCAUAUGAUGGCAUAAUUCCAAACAUCACAGACAGGAACCAGUGGCCUGAGGUGGAGAAAGGGUUCAAACUGUACCCUCCAUGCCAGAAGAAGAGAACAUGUGGAAGACUGAGAAAAAAUAGAAUCAAGUCGGCUAGGGAGACAGGUGGUAAGGCAACUAGGCAAAAAGAGAACAAAAAAGACCAAAGCCAAGGCUGGGAGGAAAAAAAGCAAGAAAGAUACUGCUACUGA